UGCUGGCUGAAGAUGAGAGGUCAGGCAGUGGCUUCAUGGGAGCGCACAGUCGUAUGAGCCAUUGGACUUUACAGCUCCCAGGUUGUUGAUGAAUUGUUUUACCAGCAACUAGGAUUAGUAAUUAGAGUCUCUUAGAGAAAGGUAGUCUUGCUUUAAGUACUUGUAAGCUUUUAGUUUUUUAAKAAAAUCUAUUCUUCAUUUUUCUCUUCAGAUUGCUAUUUAGUUCUCCUUUGUGUGCUAGCCUAUGUUUUGUUAUUUUUGUAUUACAAUGAGCCGAACAGUGUAGGCUGCUUAGUUCAAAAUGGGAGCCCUGCAAAGGGUUAACCAGCAGAGAAUUACAAAUGAACUAUCAGGAAAGUUGAUUAUUAAUCCAGCAAGAGAGAAAAUAUCCUUCCAGUUUGCAAGAAUUAGUACCUGAAGAGCUGAUAAUAUUGUUCGGGCUGUCGGUGUGGAAUGGCAAAACCAGAAGAAUGUCUUCCAAGCAGACUACCUCUCCAUUUGCAUGUGCAGCUGAUGGGGAGGAAACAAUGACCCAGGACUUAGCACCACGAGACAAGGAAGAGGGCAACAGCGAUCAGCACGCGGCCUCUCAUCUGCCUCUACACAACGUAAUGCACAACAAACCUCACUCCGAGGAGCUCCCCACCCUGGUCACCACCAUCCAGCAGGAUCCUGAGUGGGAUGGAGUCAUCUCAGCCCAGCACAGAAUGGAGUCAGAGAAUAAUAAGUUAUGUUCCCUAUAUUCCUUCCGAAAUACCUCUACCUCACCAAACAAGCCCGACGAAGGAGGCCGUGACCGCAGCGAGCUAAUGACCAGUGUUAAUUUUGGAACGCCAGAACGCCGCAAGGGAAGCCUAGCAGAUGUGGUGGACACACUGAAGCAGAAGAAACUAGAAGAAAUGACCAGGACUGAACAAGAAGAUUCAUCCUGCAUGGAAAAGCUACUUUCUAAAGACUGGAAGGAGAAGAUGGAAAAAUUAAACACAAGCGAUCUCCUUGGAGAAAUUAAAGGUACACCAGAAAGCCUGGCAGAAAAAGAGCGACAGCUCUCAACUAUGAUCACCCAGCUGAUCAGCUUACGGGAGCAGCUCCUGGCUGCCCACGACGAGCAGAAAAAGCUGGCAGCCUCACAAAUCGAAAAACAACGGCAGCAAAUGGACCUUGCUCGCCAACAGCAAGAACAGAUUGCAAGACAACAGCAGCAACUUCUGCAACAGCAGCACAAAAUCAAUCUACUGCAGCAGCAAAUUCAGCAGGUUCAGGGUCACAUGCCUCCGCUCAUGAUCCCAAUUUUUCCACACGACCAGCGGACACUGGCAGCGGCUGCUGCAGCCCAGCAGGGAUUCCUCUUCCCCCCAGGAAUAACUUACAAGCCAGGUGAUAACUACCCUGUGCAGUUCAUUCCAUCAACAAUGGCAGCUGCUGCUGCUUCUGGACUCAGCCCUUUACAGCUCCAGCAACUGUAUGCAGCUCAGCUGGCAAGCAUGCAAGUUUCUCCUGGAGCCAAAAUGCCAUCUACUCCACAGCCACCAAAUACAACAGGGGCACUUUCACCCACUGGGAUGAAAAAUGAGAAGAGAGGGACCAGCCCGGUAACUCAAGUUAAGGACGAAGCAGCUCAGCCACUGAACCUCUCAGCCCGACCCAAAACAGCUGAACCUGUCAAAUCCCCAACAUCUCCAACACAGAAUCUCUUCCCAGCCAGCAAAAGCAGUCCAGUGACAGUGACGAACAAGAGUGGCAUCCCCAGCCCGCUCAGUGGAUCUCUGGGAAGGGGAUCCUCUUUAGAUAUCCUUUCCAGUCUUAAUUCACCUGCCCUAUUUGGGGACCAGGACACAGUAAUGAAAGCCAUUCAGGAGGCUCGAAAAAUGAGAGAGCAAAUCCAAAGGGAACAGCAGCAGCAGCAGCAGCCUCAUGGUGUUGAUGGAAAAUUGCCCUCCAUGAAUAACAUGGGUMUAAACAACUGCAGGAAUGAAAAGGAAAGAACAAGGUUUGAAAAUUUAGGCCCACAGUUAACAGGGAAACCCAAUGAAGAUGGAAAAAUUGGCCCUGGCGUCAUCGAUCUCACAAGGCCAGAAGAUGCAGAAGGGAGUAAAGCAGUGAAUGGCUCUGCCGCUAAACUACAGCAGUAUUAUUGUUGGCCAACAGGAGGGGCCACGGUGGCUGAAGCCCGGGUCUACCGGGACUCGCGGGGCCGUGCCAGCAGCGAGCCCCACAUCAAGCGGCCGAUGAACGCCUUCAUGGUCUGGGCCAAGGAUGAGCGCCGGAAAAUCCUCCAGGCCUUCCCCGACAUGCACAACUCCAACAUCAGCAAAAUCCUAGGAUCUCGCUGGAAAUCCAUGUCAAACCAAGAGAAGCAACCUUAUUACGAAGAGCAGGCACGACUAAGUAAAAUCCACCUAGAAAAGUACCCCAAUUACAAAUACAAACCUCGACCAAAACGCACCUGCAUCGUGGACGGCAAGAAGCUGCGCAUUGGUGAAUACAAGCAACUGAUGAGGUCUCGAAGACAGGAGAUGAGGCAGUUUUUUACYGUAGGACAACAGCCUCAGAUUCCGAUCACCACGGGAACAGGAGUUGUCUACCCUGGUGCUAUUACCAUGGCGACCACCACGCCGUCCCCUCAGAUGACAUCAGAUUGCUCCAGCACCUCUGCCAGCCCUGAGCCCAGCAUCCCUGUCAUCCAGAGCACUUAUGGUAUGAAGACGGACAGCGGAAGCCUUCCUGGAAACGAAAUGAUAAAUGGAGAGGAUGAAAUAGAAAUGUACGAGGACUAUGAGGAUGAUCCCAAAUCAGACUAUAGUAGUGAAAACGAAGCCCAUGAGGCAGUCAGUGCCAACUGAGGAGYGUUCACAGAAUUAAAGUACUCAGACUCAUUUGGGUUUUUUUGGGKUUUUUUUGAACAAAAGUUCUUAAAGAGCCUGCAUGCAUGUGUGGCUCCUACAGUUACAUCAGCAGAAUGAUCUUAAAUGUUUCUUAUCGUGUGAGACAGAUUGUUUCCCUAAUUUUUCAUGAACUUGUUUUUUUUUUUUUUUUUUUUUU